AUGGAGUCGAAUGCGUACGAAAAUGAUUACAUUUUCCGAUCCAAACUACCCGCCAUCCCCAUACCCGACCACCUUCCUGUCCAUGCGUACAUCUUCCAAAACCUCCACCGCCACCCGUCCCGCCCGGCCCUCAUCGACUCCCCCAGCGGAAAAACCCUCACCCACUCGGAACUCGAGCUCGCCGCCCGGAAAUUGGCCGCCGGCCUCCACGGCCUCGGCAUCCGGCGAGGCCACGUCAUCAUGCUCCUCCUCCACAACUCACCGGAGUUCUUAAUAUCGUUCCUCGCCGCCUCCAUGACCGGGGCCACCACCACCACCGCGAAUCCAAACUACACCAUCUCGGAAAUCGCUUCUCAGGUGGCGGUUUCUGGUCCCACGGUCAUCAUCACCCACUCGAGCUACGCCGGAAAGGCAGCAUCAUCGAGCGGCGCGAGGAAUAUGAUA